CGUUAUGAAACACAGUGGACAAGUGGAGCACAGACAGUACACGGUGGGCUUCUCAGGCGACGGCUGUUAACCUGCACGCUGAAGAAAUGCUUCUUUCUCUGGGCUUGACAUAAAUAUCACCCCCGGGGAGCCAGCACAAGAACAAGAUGGCCCCAAAUUCCAUCCACUGGUUCCGUAAGGGACUGCGUCUCCACGACAACCCCGCACUACGGGAGGCGGUCCGGGGCGCCGGCACCGUGCGCUGCGUUUACUUCCUGGACCCGUGGUUUGCAGGCUCCUCUAAUGUCGGAGUCAACAGGUGGAGGUUUCUGCUGCAGUGUUUAGAGGACCUGGAUGCAAGUCUCCGAAAGCUCAACUCCCGCCUUUUUGUCAUCAGGGGCCAACCAGCAAAUGUGUUCCCGCGCCUCUUUAAGGAGUGGAAGAUCUCUCGACUGACCUUCGAGUACGACUCGGAACCGUUUGGGAAGGAGCGAGACGCCGCCAUCAAGAAACUGGCGAUGGAGGCAGGGGUGGAGGUCAUCGUCAAGAUAUCCCACACGCUCUACGACCUGGACAAGAUCAUCGAGCUGAACGGCGGCCAGCCUCCUCUCACCUACAAGCGGUUCCAGACCCUGAUAAGUCGCCUGGACCCGCCUGAGAUGCCCGUAGAGACGCUGUCGGAGUCACUAAUGGGCGGCUGCAUCACCCCCGUCUCUGAUGACCACGGGGAAAAGUACGGCGUCCCAUCCUUAGAGGAGCUGGGUUUCGACACUGAGGGCCUCCCUUCAGCGGUGUGGCCGGGAGGAGAGACCGAAGCUCUGACUAGGAUAGAGCGCCAUCUGGAGAGAAAGGCAUGGGUGGCGAACUUUGAGCGUCCCCGGAUGAACGCCAACUCGCUGCUAGCCAGCCCGACGGGCCUCAGCCCCUACCUGCGCUUCGGCUGCCUCUCCUGCCGCCUGUUCUACUUCAAACUCACUGACCUCUACCGCAAGGUAAAGAAGAACAGCUCUCCUCCCCUCUCCCUCUACGGCCAGCUGCUGUGGCGCGAGUUCUUCUACACGGCGGCAACCAACAACCCACGCUUCGACAAGAUGGAAGGAAACCCCAUCUGCGUCCGCAUCCCGUGGGACAGGAAUCCCGAAGCGCUCGCCAAGUGGGCAGAGGCCAAGACGGGCUUCCCUUGGAUAGACGCCAUCAUGACUCAGCUGAGACAGGAGGGCUGGAUCCAUCACCUCGCCAGGCACGCCGUGGCCUGCUUCCUCACCAGAGGGGACCUGUGGAUCAGCUGGGAGGAGGGGAUGAAGGUUUUCGAGGAGCUGCUUCUGGACGCGGACUGGAGUGUGAACGCGGGCAGCUGGAUGUGGCUGUCCUGCAGUUCAUUCUUUCAGCAGUUUUUCCACUGCUACUGCCCUGUGGGCUUCGGCCGGCGCACCGACCCCAACGGGGACUUCAUCAGGCGAUACUUACCUGUCCUCCGAGGUUUCCCCGCCAAGUUCAUCUACGACCCUUGGAACGCUCCCGAAUCCGUGCAGGCGGCAGCCAAGUGUAUCAUAGGAGUCCAUUACCCAAAACCCAUGGUGCACCACGCGGAGGCCAGCCGGCUCAACAUCGAAAGGAUGAAGCAGAUCUACCAGCAGCUGAGUCGAUAUAGAGGACUGGGCCUGUUAGCAUCUGUCCCAUCCACAAACGGGAAUGGCAACGGAGGAAUGAUGGCCUACUCUCCUGGAGAGCAGCAGUCGGGGACCAACGGCAACAAUUCACAUUUGCCUGGAGCUUCAGGAAGCUCAGUGACCACCGGGAACGGCAGUAGGAGCAUCUUAUUUAACUUUGACAGCGAAGAACAGACGGGGCCUAGCAAUGUUGGACAGCAGCAACAGCAGCGACUUCACACACCGCCACAGAACCAACAACAGCAACAUCACGGAUACCACUCAGUGCCAGACGCCAGCCAGAACAUCACCAGCAGCCGACUCUAUCACGAGUUUGCUGUGCCUCAACACCCGGGCCUCCUCCUGCACACCAGGGGCAGCAUCACAGGAAAGCGAGAACGCGAGUCGGAACGUGAAGGGUCGGGGGAGGAAGAGCCGGCGUCCUGCUCUGUGAACAAAAUGCAAAGACAGAGUGCAGAGGUCAGCCUUCUACUCCUGCCAGACUUUCUGAAAGUAGCACCAACGAUCACUGCUGUGACCCGGAUUACAGUGCACCUCUUUACAUAAAGCCAGAGUCCACAUACUAGUGGAAAGGUUU